GCCCAAACAGUGAGCGAUGGCCAUGUAAGCUCGGUGUAUGAGACUAACACUGAGAACUAUGACUCGACUUUUGUUCUUGAAACGGAGCAUGAGGAGACCCCAUAUGAUGGGGUUGACUUCUACACAGAUGAUGAAAACAAUGAUGAGAGUGAUGCCCGAUUCGCUCAAAUGGGGGAAUUGCUCGAAUGGUAUCAAAAGGAGAAACAGAGGAGGGAUCUUAGGCGCCAAGCGAGGCGUGGCUCUCAAGGAGGCUCAGGUCAAGGAAGCCGGGGAGCUUCAAGGGCCGUUUCUGGGACGUCUCAAGGUGGACGUGGAGGAGAUUUUUGUGUAAGGAUCUCCAAAUAUCUCAAGGAGGCUAGGGCCUUGGGGUGUAGGUCCUUCGAUGGCACCGACGAUAUUAGCGUUGCCGCCGAUUGGAUAAAGAAGGUGAAAGACGCAUCGAGAGACAUGCAAAUAACGCCCGACGUGAAGUUGACUGUUGCUUCACGCUUGCUUGAAGGAAUCGCUUCUACAUGGUGGGAGAGUGUAGAACGAAAGUACCGAGGGACUAUCACAUGGGCGAACUUUGAACAGAAGUUCUACGCCCAAUACUACUCCGACUACGAGGUUAAUGUGAAGCGUAGGGAGUACACGAACCUCAAGCAGAAGGAAGGUGUGACUGUCAAACAAUUGGAGCAAAAAUUCAGAACCUUGGCGAGGUUCUUACCAGAGUAUGCUGCCGAUGAGGACCACAUGACUGAACAUUUUUGGGAUGCAUUACUGUUGGACAUCCGUGAUCGGGCCACAUACUCACGUCACAUGACUUUUAAUGAGGUGGUGGAACAAGGUAUGCUUGGGGAAACCCAAUGGAAUGAAAGGAAAGAAAGAGACACCGAAGAGGCAAAGAAAAGAAAAUGGAACAGUUCGAGACCGCCCGAUCUUUCACGGAAGAACAACCACGAGGGAGGUGGUUCGUUCAAGGCGCCGGCACCACCGGCGAAGAGGAAUAUGGACUCUAAGUGGCACUCGUCCCCUUCUCACAAGUCGGGGCCGCCUAAAUGUGCUAACUGUUCAAAGAACCAUUUCGGGAAGUGCAAUGCACCCCCGAGGUGUUACCAAUGUGGGAAUACGGGUCACAUGAAGGCCAAUUGCCCAUAAUUGGGGAGAGAAGGAACUUCGGGAGCCGGAGGAGG